AUGCCUGGGGAACAGCCCCGUGGAACACUGCCCCCAACCGUGACGGGAGACCUGCAGCCCUGCCGAGUGGCUGGUGGCACAGGGGGCCCCUCCCAGCCCCCCGGCGAAGGCAGUGCCCCAGCCAGCAGGACCGCCAAGGCCACGGGCAUUGGGGCCCAGGCCAGGGAGCCCCCCGAGACCCAGCUGUGGCAGGCCGGGGAGGGGGAGCCCAAGGCCCCGCUCCUGAGAACCCAGUCCCUCAGCAGCCCCCCUGGGAAAGGCGGCAGCCCCCGGGCCCUGCAAGGGAGGAGCCAGGCGCAGGCUCGCAUGCGGCGGGCGGGCAGGGCUGACAGCAGCCCUCAGCAGCUCUACAGCCUGAGCAUCACGGGCCUGAGGGCCAGACCCGCCCUGGAUGAGACCCCCAAGGACCCACAGCACGAGGCCCCUCGACCCCCAGAGGCAGAGGCCCCGCCUGCCGCAGACAAGCUCAGUUUCCAAAGGUGCUUCCAGGAGACCCCCUCCAGCUUUACCUCCACCAACUAUACCUCACAGAGCGCCACCCCCAGGCCCCCACCCCUCCGGGCCCCCCAGAGCAGCAACAGCAGCCCCUGCAGGCCAGCCUCCUACUCAGAAUUCCAGGCCAGCGGGCCCGACGCCUGGCCUUCCGCUGCUGAGAACAGCUUCCCAGGUGCUAGUUUUGGGGUCCCCUCUACCGAGCCGGAGCCUUUUCCCAAAAGUGGCAGCCCUGGCGGGGUCUCCUUCCAGUUCCCCCUCCCGAGGCUGCACAGGGCCGGCCCAAAACCCUUCCCUGAGGACACGACCGAGUACGCCGAGAGGGCACUGGUGUUUGCCUUCCACCCGCCUCGGGGAGCAUGGCCGGAGGAGGCGGUGGGCACGGGCCUGGCCUACCCCCUGCCCGCCCGGCCUGCACCCCCACCCCCACCCUGCUACCCCCGCCCGCCCGGCAGCCUCGAGGCCCCCAGCGACCUCGCCGGUGCUCUCCCCGCCGCUGGUGCUGCUCACCCGGCCCCCAGCCCCUUCCUGGAGAGCAUGGCCACCUUCCCGGACAGUGUGCCCAAGAGUCUGACCAGAGCCCUCCCCGAGAGACCGCCUUCAGCCCCCGAUGGGCCCCAGAGGCACAUUCCUGGGCAGGCGUAUGGAAGCCCUCGAGCCAGCAGGGUGAGCACCAGCCCAGGGUCUCUGGACACAGAGCUAGCCGCCCCAGGCCCCUCGCCCAGCAGGCUGCCCCAGCUAUGGGACCCUUCCGCAGCCCCUUACCCCACCCCUGCCCUGGGCUCCCCGGCCACCACCAGGAAUGCGUUCUUUGAAGGCCAGCCCAGCCCAGGCCAGCAGCUCGGGCUCCCCCAGAGUCCCCCUCUGCCCUGGCCCCAGGCCCUCCCGGCUGUCAGGCCCGGCCCCCACCGAAUGGAAAUGCUGAGCCGGCUGCCCUUACCCCCAGGGGUCGCAGAGUGGCAGGGGGGCAGCCAGGGAGCCCUGGGUGCUGCCAGCAAGACGCCGGGGCCCGGGGAAAAGCUGGCUGUCCUGAGAAACAGCCCCGGCCAUCACGGCGGCAGCUCCCCUGGGCUAUUCACCUACAACGGGCUGAAGGACCCCGCAGCCCAGCCCCUGUUCUUUGGGGUAGUCCAGCCCCAGGUCUCACCCCAAGGGACCCCUGGCCUGCCCCCACCCAGGGUGGUGGGAGCCUCUCCCAGUGAGUCCCCGCUGCCCUCGCCCGCCACCACCACGGCUGGCAGCAGCACCUGCUCCUCGCUCUCACCGCUGUCCGGCAGCCCCGCCAACCCCAGCUCAGAGGAGAGCCAGCUCCCGGGCCCGCUCAGGCCCUCCACUUUCUACCACCCCCCCACUCAUCCCCAGGAGACCAGCAGCCCCUUCCCUUCCCCUGAGCCCUCGCACACCCUCCCCAUCCACUACCAGCCAGAGCCGGUCAAGACCUUCCCGUUCCCCACAGAGGGGCUGGGGGCCAAGGGCGCCUUCAAAUGCCUGGAGGAGGCCCCGUUCCCCAGCACAGGCCCCGAGGUGGGCAGCAGGGGGCUGGAGGGCUUCCCCCGGGACCCCCCCCCCUACUCUGCCCACCACUUCCCCCUCAGCAGUGCCAGCCUGGACCAGCUGGACGUGCUGCUCACCUGCAGGCAGUGUGACCGGAACUACAGCAGCCUAGCCGCCUUCCUGGAGCACCGGCAGUUCUGCAACCUGCUUCUGACCAGAGCCAAGGAUAGCCACCAGCAGCCCCCAGGGCUCCCUAUGCCCCCCGCCGCCCCCUCCGCGCUGACCACCCCCAGGGCACUGGCCAGUGGGAGCCCAAGCCUGCUCAACCACACCAAGAUGGUCCCCUUCCUGCUUGGUGGGGACGUCCAGGCAGACGGCAAAGACGACCCCCUGAGGACGAGUUUCUUGCCUGGCCUGUCUGCUGGCCCCUUCCCGCUCCCUGCUGCAGACCUGGACCUGGAGGACGAAGCCAAGCUGGACAGCCUCAUCACCGAGGCGCUCAACGGCCUGGAGUACCAGUCAGACACCCCUGAGAUCGACAGCAGCUUCAUUGACGUCUUCACUGACGAAGAACCUUCCGGCCCCAGAGGGCCCAGUGCUGGGCAGCCCCCCAAGAUCAGGGUGGGGGCAGCGCCAGAGAGCAAAGCCCAGCCCCCGCUCCCAGCCAUGGCUUCCCCACUGGACCCCCAGACCACCUGCCCUGGGGACAGGGACUACCCAGCCCAUAAUAGGCCCAAAACCCGCUCCCUGGGCCCAGCACCUGCGGAAGCAGACGGGGCCAGCCGGGCCAGCCAGCAGAGGAGAGGGAAGCGGUUUAAGUUUCGGAAAGAGCUAGACACAGCCAACACCACCAAGAGGCUGGGCAGGGGCGCCAGAGCCACCCACCCAAGACAGAGGAGGAAGGGUGACAGGGCUGAGCCGCUCAUGACCUGCCCCGGGAACCUCAGAACCCAAGCCCCCAACAGCCACACAGAUCCCAAUGGACGGGCCCUCCCGCUGGAGACCAGGAGCUCCAAGCGCCUCCGACUGUCCCCCAGGAAGGAUUCCAGGAGGAGGAAGGCACGGGGCGGCACCUGGAGCAAGGAGCUCAUCCACAAGAUCGUGCAGCAGAAGAACAAGCUGCACAGGCAGCCGGCACAGAGCAGCCACUGCUCCCUGGUGACCGCGAGGCCCCCGCGCGGCCCCACGGACGGCGGGCUCCAGGAAUAUGACUAUGCCUCCGAGUCUGAGGAGGAGGACAGCUCACGGCCCCGGGGCUCCCGCCUCAGAGGCCGGCCCCGCCACGGCGGCUGGCGGUGGCACCGAGGCGAGAAGAGGAAGGAAGUGGACUUGACGCCAGGCCCCAGAGAGGGUGGAGAGCAGCAGAAGCCCAGGAAAGUCGUGAGGCAGGAUGCCACGAAGGGCAGGGGCUCCCAGACCCCCGAAGAGCCGGGCAGGCCUUGCUCAGGCCCCAGCGAGAGCCUCGAGACCCAGGGCCCACCGCAAAGCCCAGAGUCCCAAGCAGGCCCUCAGGAGAGAGGCCCGAAGUGUCUCCAGCAGGUUCCCACGAGCCCCAAGACCCCCGAGGAAAACCAUCCGUCGCUGGACUUCCCUCAAGAGACCAAGAACCCUGAAACUGCUGACAAGCUUCCCCCAGACGCCACAGCACUUCUCAGAGAGGUUUCUCGCUCUUCUCCGGCCACCUGUGCAGGAGGAAGACCCCCAGCCCCAGAGCGACCACAGCCCGGCAGAGAGGACAUCGUGGUACCCCGCAGGAGCUCACCAGCACCAGGUGCGGGCCAUGUGCUGGGUGCCCCCCAGUGCACGGAGCCGCUCAUCUCCCGUGACACAGAGGACCCCCCUGCCUACCUGCCAGGAGAAUUGCUGGUGCCCGUUGCUAACGCCACCAACGCUGCCUUCCCCGAACCCAGCACCCUGUUUUUGAAGACUCCUGAUCUUGGUUGUGACCCUGCUCUUUUUAACAGAGACCCCGUGGGGGUUCCAGUUGCCAAAAAGCGGCCUCAGCCCUACAGCCGCUCCCCCAGCGAAUUGUUCCUUGAAGCCAAAGACCUGGCUAGCUGUUUCCACGAAGACCUGUACUCCAAGCCGUUGGCUCGGCACACUACGCCAGCCAGCAGCAUGCACCUUCACCAGGACACUGCAGAUGCCAGCUCCCUCAAGCCAAACUUGCCCAGGAGACCACCCUACACGGCCAACACAGACCCAGGCGAAGCCAAAUCACCAGUGACCUUGGAGUCCCCGCCCCUCUUCCCAGGGCUGUCUGUGGAUGGCUUUGACCCGCCGAUCUACAGCAGCCUGUCUGGAAGUGGGGACGCUCACUCACCGUCUGCGUGUGCCCACCCUCCCCUAAGGAAACCCCCAUCAGACCCACCAUACCCCUCGUUUCUGCCCGAGAAGGGCUGGUCCCUGCUGGAGGACACGUGCCUGAUGCUGCCCAGCCACGUGGGCCAUUUUCCUGACCUCUCAGCGGAAAAGGCAUUCAGUAAAAAGUGUCCCAGUGCAGGGACAGGGGCGGCCAGCCCUCCCCCUUUGCCCAGCAAGGUCAGCGAUUGUGGCGUUGCUUUUAUGAGCAACCUGUCUGAGGACGAGUUAGAGAUCAAGAGGUUGGUCACCGAGUUAGAAAGUCAACUGAAAAGUGAAGACACGCACACGGCCCCAGGAGAGCUGCGCGGUGCUGAGCACGUGGGUGCGGUGCAUGCAGGUGCGGGGACCCCUCUGCCCGUCCCCCAGGCUGCCCCUCCUCAUGAGGACGCGCUUUCCACAGCCGAAUUCACCGGGCUUGGGGAGUUGAGUCCACACCCAGAAGGGGCAGAGAGAGCCGUGGCCGCCACGGAGGGGACUCUGGGGAGCCCCCAGGAGGAAUGGCCCUCAUUCCACACGAGAGAAGCAGCCCUUCCCCCCGGUUCCCACGAAGACGUGGCUUCAGGAGCUCCCUUCAGCCCUACUGGGGCCAGCCUCAGUUUCCAGCCAGUGCAGAAAGCCAGAGCAUCCGAGACGGGGUCCCCCAAGACGGAAAGGGACUGUGGGGUCCACCCGGAAGUCCCCAGCCCCAGAGAGCCGCACAAGCCCCCAUUGGACGUGGGAAGGUCAGCCAAGUGCAGCCCAAGCUGUGAGCCUUUACUUCCUAAAAAUAACAGGGCCCCCAAAAUCCAUGGAAGCGAAGCCCUCCUGCUGCCCCUCCCUGGCACACAGGGACGAGGGCUCCUGCCCCCAGGAGCCUGCAAGGCACACGGGCCCUGCCGAGACCCCCCCGAGCUGGAAGCGUUCAGCAGCCCUAUUGCCCAUCUGGCACCUGACUUGGCCUUUCAGGGUGCCAGGAUUCUGUCUCUGGGUGCCACCCCACCUUCUGGUGCCAGUCACCACAAUGCCCCCAAGGGACACUCUGUAAGCAGUGCAGGCAGACUGGAAGAAACGGGGCUCCUCCACCCUGUGGCAGGGGGCCCUGGCUUUGAGAGUGACAAGGAGCUUGUACUAGUGGGGGCCGCCCCGAGUCCUGCCUGUGUGCCUGACCCCAGUCCUGGCAGGAGACCCCGGGACCCAGCUGCGAGCCCCCUACAUCAGCUCCAGCUCCUGGUGGCCAGAGCGGCUGAGAGAGAAGAUGAUGCCCGGGGCUCACAGGGGCCCCCGCCUCCCAAUGCCCAGAGCCCUCAGUGCAAUGACCCCUCAGAUCUGGAAGGGGACAGUGUGGAAGGUGGGAACUUGGCCUGCAGCCCUACCCGGGGCUCCCUUGGGGGUGUGCCGAUGACAGCUGUCCCUGCAGUGGCCGGACGUCAGCCGGGGCCAGAGGCAGAUGGACAUCUGGGCGUGCUCGGCCAGGCUGAGAAGCCCAAGGGCCAAGGCCAAGCCAGCCAGCUGCAGCCAGAUAAUGGGGGGAGCCCGGGGGGGCCGGGUGACCCCACCACAGCCAAUGCUAGUCCUGAAGCUGCUCCGGCCAGGCCGGCUGGGGGUGCAGACCAGCUAGGGGGACAACUCCAGGAAAGCAGGGUGGCUUUGGGCCUUCAGGACGAGGCACAGGCCGCCCCAAGCCCCACCUCCUCUGAUGCGGAAUCUUUGGUCCCAGCCUUGGCAGCAGCCCACGCCCAAAGUGGGUCUGAGGACCAGACUCAAGAGGAGGCAGCUGGCCCAGGCCUUGAGAAGCAUUUGCUGCUCGCUGGGGAGAGCCCAGCAUCCCCCAUCAGCGACCUGGCCAGCUGUGACCCCUCACUCGCUUCCGCGGCUACCUCUGUUCCCUGCGGCCUUGAGCACCCAACCCAGGAAGACCCUCCGUCAGCUCCUUCAGGUGAACUGAGGGGGCUGCUCCCAGCGUCUCCAUCCUGCGGGGACCCUACCAGCCCACAGCAUCUACCAGCACCUUCUCCUGUCCAGACACCUCCAAAAAGGGCCGACUGCACCCCAGCCCCCACUCACCCAUCUUUGAGGACAAGCCCCUGUGGCCUCAAGGAAAGCCUAGCUCACUGCCCCCUCCUGGGGGACCGCAGCCCCCUGGAAGACCCUCCCACAGGCCAGCCCAGCUUCAUCAGUGUCCUCGCUCCCCCCUAUGGGGCGGACCGCCCUGUAGGCCGCAUGCCAAGAAUCCUAGAGGGUUCCAGGAAAGAGGAGCCGAGGGCAUCUCCUGCCUAUGCCUCCCCGCCACCCCCAGUGAGGGCCGUCUCCCCGAGAGUGACCAUCAAGGCCACUGACCUGCCUGCCAUUCUUGCCACAGAUGGCAUGGGGGCAGUCAGAGGCCCCAGGGCCGAGUGGCCAGACCACCACAGCAGGGGAGCCCCGCCCCACACCAGCCCCAACAAGAUGUCCAAGGGCCCCUCCUCAGAGCCCCCAGGAAACAGAGAAGGCCACAGCGUCCCCACUGUACCCGCUGACCCUUGCACACAGGAGGCCGCAGCACCAGAUCCCCACGCCUGCCUGGAAGGUGAGGCAAGGGCCAGCCCCCAGGGACAGGAGGUCCUGGAGACACCUGGGGCUGGACGCUCUGGCAUUACAAGAGUGUCCGAAGAUGGCACCAGACGCCCAACGGUCAGCUUUACUUCCACAGAGCUCCGCCUGGGCAGAGCCGUGUCCCUCAGCAGCACGGCCAGCGACUCCAGACCCGGCUCCCCGCAAAGCCUCAGAAAUGUCCUCCACCAGUCACCCCAGGGGGACCCCAUCAGUCUCCAGGACCCCAGACAGAAGCCUCGUGGCUUUAAAAAGAAGCCUGUGUCCACUGAGAACGGCCUCUGGAAGGACCAAGCCCCCAGUGGGCGGCCCGUGACCUGUGAGGUCUGCUUGGCCUCCUUCUGCUCCGGACCGGGCCUGAGCCGCCACAGAGCCAGGAAACACAGGCUGCACAGGGGGGCUGCCUCCCAGCCAAGCCCACCAGCCCCGCCCACCUCCCAGCCUGGGGACCCCGAAGCCCAGACGUGCCACCCCCAGGGGAAGAAAAGCCACCGGACAUCUGGGAAGGAGAAACUGAGGCACUCGCUGAGUGGCCCCAGCCGCACUCUUGGGCCGCCUCCUGUCCAGGGCUCUGCAGCUCCUGAGGGUGCCCAGGGUCCCGAGACGUCCAAGGGCCUUAGACAGCGGCUCUGUGUUCUGGGAACACCAGGCUGUCCCCCAAGCCGGGAACCACACUCCCCAGGCCUGGUCACGCAAGGGGUGGAUGUGGGGGCUGCAGAGCCCAGGAAACGGGACCAGCUGGAGAAGAAGGAGCCCCGUCCCAAACCAGCAGGGAAAGGAGGAGGCCAGAGGCGGGCCAGAGUGCCCACAGACGUCCCCAGCGAGGCAGGGGGGAGGUCAAAUAAGAAAGCGAGGAAGCCCAGAGCGAGAAGGUUCCGGGAGGAGAGCGGUCCUCCAGUCUCUGCUGAUGUGAUUUCAGAUACCAGCAGCUGGAAUCCAUCAACUGUGAUUGCCAGUUACCCAGCCCUCCCGAGCCGCCGCGUCUCACCAGAGGCAGAGCAGGAGACCGAGGUCGCGCAGCCGCCUCCCAUGGCCACAGACCCAAAGGAGAUGCCUCUACAGAAGUCACCCGGGGACUGGGUGGCCCAUCCAAGGAGGACAGAGGGGGCGCCUCCUAGAGAAGGGCCAGGGGCACGGAAGGCAGCCUUGGCGAGGAGGUGCUGGGGUCCCAGAGAAACAAGGACGUCGGGGGUCUGCAAAGAGCCUGCCGGGGACAGCAGAGCUGCUGAGAGCAGGUCAGGGCACGGUGUCUGGGAGGGGCACAGGCCUCCCUCGGGCCCCCCAGGCCCUCUCGAGACUUGUGAUUCUGAAGAAGGCAGCACCAUCAGCAGUCACCUCCAGGGCCCCCUGCACGACCCAGAAGAUGGGGUCCAGGAGCAUGAGGGUGCCGCUCCCAAAGCCCCCAGCCCGGGUCUCGGGGACCCUCUGAGUGUAUUUGAUGAUGAGGCCUCCUUUUCCCAGCUCUUCCCUCUGGGUGACCGCUGGACCAGGAAGAAGAACCCCCGUGUCUACGGGAAGCGCGGGAAAAAGCUGAAGCCCCCGCUGCCACCCCUGGAGCCCGGCCACGAGGUGGGGGGCAGCACAGCCCCGUCCUCCCACCUGCCCACAGACCUCAGCGACUCAGGCUCGCUCUGCCUGUCUCACGAGGACCCCUGGGGCGACGAGGCCACAGCUCUGCCCGAGUCCUUCCUCCUGGAGGGCUUCCUCAGCAGCAAGGUGCCUGGCAUUGACCCCUGGGCCCCUCACCCAUGGGCCCUGGAGCCCGGCCCGGAGGCAGGCUGUGCCGAGGACCGCCAGGCAGAGAGCAUCCCCAAGCUGCACAUGGUCCCGGCGGCCUGGCGAGGGCUGGAUCCACGGGCCCCCACCGGAGAGACGGCCUCUCCUCUUGGAAGCGUGAGCCCCGAGCCCCCCAACCUGGAGCAAGAACGCUAUGACAGCGGGCUCCCCGGGAACACCGUGGGUCUCGAGACGCUCAGCGCCAAGCUUGAGAUGCAAGACCUGUGCUUCCUGGGACCCUGCGAAGACGCUGCAGGUCUCCCGGACACCAGCUUCCUAGACUUCAAGGCCACAGCGAACUCCCAGGAGCCACCAGGCAAAAGGACAGAGGAGGCGGCCAGGGCCAGAAGGGCCCCAGGCAGAGACAGGCAAGCCAAGGCCAGGAGGGCGCCCUACAAGUGCAGGGUGUGCUUCCAGCGCUUCCACGGCCUGGGCGAGCUGGACCUCCACAAGCUGGCCCACAGCCCCUCGCCGCCCCCCACCUGCUACAUGUGCGUGGAGCGCAGGUUCGGCUCCCGCGAGCUGUUGCGGGAGCACCUGCAGGAGAAGCACCCGCAGAGCAAGGCGGGGCUGUGGGUCUGCGGCAUGUGCCUGAGGGAGCUGGCGGAUGUCUGGAUGUACAAUGAGCACCUGCGGGAGCACGCCGCGCGGUUCGCCCGCGAGGGGCAAGCGCGGAGGUCCCUGGGGGCCUUGCCUGGAUGCUGGGAGGGGGACAGCUCUGUCACACACUUCCUGAGCAGCAUCAUGGGGCAGGCGUCCAAACCCCACAGGGGCACGCGCUCGAUUGGCAAGACAAACGGGGCCCCCAUGGAGGCGUCGGGGCAUGAGCCUGGAGCCGAGAAAGAGUUCCCGACGGAGAGGGCCAAACCCAAGGCCCGGGCCAACAACUCAAACCAAGAUGGCGCCUUGGCCAACGGCAACGUGAUAGUCUGCGCGAACCCCGCUCCACCCAGCAGCUGCGCCAAGACGUCCACCAGCCCAUCCCCCGACCCCUGCUCCAAUAGAGAGCCCCUCCUCCAGGCUGUCCCGGUGCACCAGGACUGCAAGGACCCCUCCCGCGACUGCCACCACUGCGGGAAGCGGUUCCCCAAGCCCUUCAAGCUGCAGCGCCACCUGGCGGUGCACAGCCCGCAGCGCGUCUACCUGUGCCCCCAGUGCCCGCGGGUCUACCCAGAGCACCGCGAGCUGCGCGCGCACCUGGGUGGUGAGCACGGGGUGCGGGAGGAGCUGGAGCUGCCGCACACGCCGCUGUACGCCUGCGAGCUCUGCGCCAACGUCACGCACAUCAGCAAGCGGUCCUUCGUCUGCAGCUCCUGCAACUACACCUUCGCCAAGAAGGAGCAGUUCGACCGACACAUGGACAAACACCUGAGGAGGGGGCAGCAGCCCUUCACGUUCCGCGGCGUGCGGAGGCCGGGCGCCCCCGGGCGGCAGGCUCCAGACCGCGAGGGGACGCUGCCCAGCAAACGGCGCAGGGUGGCCGUGCCCAGCAGCACCCCCGGGCCCGGUGUGGACGGGCCUCUGUCCCAGAGCAGCAGCCCCGCCCUGAGCGAGGGGUCCCUCCCAGCCCUGCUCGGGCCCUGCCCGGAUGCAGCUCCUGGCACCACCGAGGGGCAGCCCGGGAGCCCAGAGAGGCCUGGAGACCCUGUGGGCCACCCAGUUGGGGGAGGCAGUCUGCCCUCUGACCUCCAAGAGCUCCUGCCCCCGUCUCUGUCUCCUUUCCCGGCAGCCUCGGCUGAUGGCAAAGAUGGCCGCAAGCCGGACGGAGCCACGGAGAGCUCCGAAGACGAGGUGUCCCCAGGCAGCCCUGGGCCUCUUCUCCAGCAGCCUCUCCCACUGAGGGAGUCUCUGCCCCGACCGGGGGCCAGAGACGAAGACGUAGAGGAAAAGAGGGCUGCUGACCCCUUCUCAGGGAAACGCAGGACCUGGAGUGCCCCUGGCCACUGUGCCCCUGACCAUUGCCCAGCAGCCCCCUGCCUGCUCCGGAAGGAGAAGCGGGUGUCCACAUGCCACAUGACGCCUGACGGGGGCACAGGGAGCCCCUCGCACAAGGGCAGUGCCACCAAGCCUAGGGGCUGCGAGAGUUCAUCACAGGACAGGUCAGCCUUGUCCACCCCCAGCAGAGCGCCCAAGUUUCCGGUGCAACCGAAGAAGGCUGUGGCCAGCCCGAUAACCGGAGAGCCAGCCUGUGGCACUGAGGACAGGCCAAAGCCCCCCACUCUCAACGCCAGGCCAGGCCCCAGUUACCAGGGCAUUGAAGGCCUGCGGCACGGCACCAAGACAGCGGGGGGCAGCCAGCCCCAGCCGGCCAGUGGGCAGCUCCAAAGUGAGACGGCCACUACCCCAGCCAAGCCCGACUGCCCGGGCCAGAGCCCUGCCCCAGACAAGCCCCUCCCUCGAGCUCCAGCUAGGGGCUUCCCCAAGGGACUGAGGGAAGCUGGUGACCGGGGACCCCAAAGGAGCCUGGGCCCCAGGGAGGACAGGGAGGUUGGUGAGAAGAAGAGAAAAGGCCGGGUCCCGGGGCCAAGCAGGAGUGAAGGUGGGGGGGGCUUGGGGAGAGCCCCCUCGGUCCCUGACAGGCCCCCCCGGGCCCCCCGAAAGCAAGCAACUCCCAGCCGCGUGCUCCCCGCCAAGCCCAGGCCCAGCAGCCAGAACAGCAGGACGCCCCCCCAGCUCUGGGAGCCCAGGAAGGCAGAGCCCGGCCAUGCCCACGGGGACGUCAGACACAGCAAGGAGGGGCUGGGCAAGGCUUUCCCCCCGGCGAGACCCCUGCACAGGCCCCCCAAGCGGGGCAGAGCUGUCCACGGUGCUGAACCUGCCACCUCCCGCUCCUGUCGGACGGCAGAAUCCCAGAAUGACCUCCUCAGCCAGCUCUUCGGGCAGAGACUAACCAGCUUCAAGAUCCCUUUUAAAAAGGACCCUUCUGAGUGAUUUAUAGGAGCAAGUGAGUGCGUGGGAGCAGGUCUGGGGCACGAACCCAGUGAAUGGGGAACUCCUGUCUACACUGCCAAACCAGUUCUCUGCUCUGAGAUGGUUCGCUUAGUGGCCACGUCUUAAUCCACCUGACUUACCAUACCAAUGCUCAGACUUUGGUGUUAGAGCUGAGACUGUGCUGCUUUGAGCAAGGCCUGGGGUGGACAGCAACCCCUUUCUAGCUGGAAGGUGAGGGUGAGAGAUGGGCCAGCUGCAGCCUCUUUGAGACCACACAGCUGUUUCCUCGGUACUAGCUCACCGGCCCCCCCUCCCGCCCCAUGUGCCCCCUUGUGGAGGCACAGUAGCCACAGAACGCCCCGUUUGAAGGUUUGCACAGGGUUCCCCUGCAUGUCAUCUAGCAGAGAAGUAAGUGGAGGCAGCAGCCAGUCAGAUGGUGGCAGGCUCCCUCUUAAUCUUGUUGCUGCUGUUCCUGGAAUUCCAAAGUGACCUUAGAAAUCAAACAAGGGGACAGGGCUCUCCACCGUUCGUGAGCCACACAGCCCUCCAGAACACAACAGGCCUUCUCUGACCACAAGGUCGUGCCAUUCACUGUCCAUGCU